AUGAGAAAAACCUUGCUGAAAUCCUUCUACCCAGUCACAAUCUACAGACCUGACUCUUCCUCCAUCAAUGGCGGAACAAAGAUUCAUUACCCAUUUCACCACUCACCAAAACCCGACCCGAAUCCACUUCUCAUCUCAAACCCUAGGUGGGCUUUCACCGCAACCUCACCUCCACCACCGGAAUGGGUUCAACCCAUCAACGACACCUCCAACCUCAUCACAUCACACCCCAAACCUUCGCCAUGGGUUGAUCAGAUCCUCAAUCUUUUAAACGACGAUUCAUCGCAAAUGGAGCCCAAAUUGGAUGCUUUUUGUCACAGAUGGCUUAUCAGAUUACCACCCAGUUUCGUUUCCUACAUUCUUAAAUCGGAUUGGAUCAAAACCCAACCCGAUUUAGCCUUUCGGUUCUUCAAAUGGGCAGGUAAGCAAAAGGGUGGUGGUGGAUAUACUUAUACUCAUAAUCUUGAAUGCUAUGCUUUCUUGAUUGAUGUUUUAUCUGUUUCUAAAGAUUUGGAUAAGGUUAAGUUUGUGUUCAUUGAGCUUAAACGAAAGGGUUUCUUAAUGAACAUAAUCUCUGCAAAUUUGUUGAUCAGAUCAUUUGGAAAUUUGGGGAUGGUUGAAGAAUUAUUGUGGGUUUGGAGAGAAAUGAAAGAAAACGGUAUCGAACCGAGCUUGUUUACGUUCAAUUUCUUGAUAAAUGGUUUGGUUAAUUCGAUGUUCAUCGAGUCUGCUGAACAGGUUUUCGAAGUUAUGGAAACUGGGCUUAUUAAACCCGAUACUGUGACAUAUAACACAAUGAUCAAAGGGUAUUGUAAAUCUGGAAGAACACAGAAAGCGGUUGAGAAAUUUAGGCGAAUGGAGGAGAUGAACAUAGAACGCGAUAAGAUUACGUAUUUAACCUUGUUGCAGGCUUAUUAUUCGGAUUCUGAUUAUGAUUCGUGUUUGAAACUUUAUAAUGAAAUGGAGGAAAAAGAACUCGAAAUCCUGCCUCAUGCUUAUAGUUUAGUAAUUGGAGGUCUUUGUAGAGAUGGGAAGCCGAUGGAAGCUUACAUUUUGUUUGAAAAUAUGAUUCAAAAGGGUCGUAAAGCUAAUGUUGCAAUGUAUACCGCUUUAAUGGACGCUUAUGCAAAAAGCGGGCAUACAGACGAGGUGAUUAGGCUUUUUGAACGGAUGAAUAGUGACGGUUUUAAGCCGGAUGAGGUUACUUAUGGUGUUAUUGUGAACGUUUUAUGCAAAACCGGGAGAUUAGAGGAGGCGAUGAUGUAUUUUGAGCUAUGUAGAAACAAUAAAGUGGCGGUUAAUGCAAUGUUUUAUUCGAGUCUGAUUGAUGGGCUUGGGAAAUCUGGGAGAUUAGAUGAAGCCGAGAAGCUUUUCGAAGAGAUGGUUAACGAUGGAUGUAGUCGUGAUUCUUAUUGCUACAAUGCGCUUCUUGAUGCAUUUGUGAAGAACGAAAAGAUUGAUGAAGCGUUGGUCCUUUUUAAACGGAUGGAAACCGAAGGUUGUGAUCAGACGGUUUAUUCAUACACCAUCAUAAUGAAUGGAUUGUUUAACAAACAUCGGAAUGAAGAAGCGUUAAAAAUCUGGGAUUUGAUGAUCGAUAAGGGUAUAACUCCGACCGCGGCUUCGGUAAGGGUUCUUGCAACCGGGCUUUGUCUUUCCGGGAAAGUUUCACGAGCGUGUAAGAUAUUGGACGAGUUAGCACCGAUGGGUGUGGUUAUAGAAACGGCUUGUGAAGAUAUGAUCAACGUUUUGGUCAAAGCCGGUCGUGUUGACCAAGCGUGUAAAUUGGCUGAUGGGAUUGUUGAAAGGGGUCGAGAGAUACCCGGGAGGGUUCGUACGAUUUUGAUUAAUUCGUUGAGGAAAUCUGGUAAUGCCGAAAUGGCGAUGAAGUUGAUGCAUAGUAAGAUCGGGAUUGGGUAUGAUAGGAUGGGUACGAUUAAGAGGCGAGUGAAGUUUAAAGUUCUCGUUGAGAAGUGAGUCCCAAUUGCCGGACCGAGU